CAAUGAUACCAGACCUAGGAUUGUCUCCUCUUCACAGCAGACAACACAGCUCACCAAAGUAAAGGUCAAAAUGUCUGAGAACUUUGGAAGUCCUGGAACUAUCCCUAUCAACUGCACCAUAAUAACUCCCAACUCUGGUAUGAAUGGGACCUCAGUGGUUUUCCAGGGUUUACAGCUAGUCCAACGGCUAAAGUUGCUGAUCAUCUUUAUGUACACAGUUGUGGUUGUUAUUGGAAUGGUGGGUAACUGUCUUUUGGUUCAUGUCAUCUUGCGUGUAAAGAAGAUGCACAAUGUCACAAACUUCCUCAUUGGGAACUUGGCCCUUUCUGACGUGGCUAUGUGCACCACAUGCGUCCCACUCACUCUUGCAUAUGUUUUUGAGCCACGUGGCUGGAUUUUUGGCAGCACCAUGUGCUACUUUGUCUACUUCAUGCAGCCUGUCACUGUCUAUGUCUCCAUCUUCACCUUGGCCACCAUUGCGAUAGACCGGUACAUUGUCAUUAUGCACCCAUUGCGACGCCGUGUCUCCCUGCAGCUCAGUGCCUACAUGAUUCUCUUCAUCUGGAUUCUCUCCUGCUGCCUGGCAUUGCCAGCCAUGGCACACACCUAUUAUGUGAAGCUGGAUAAACAGGGUGUCACCCUGUGUGAGGAAUUCUGGGGGGAGCAAGAACGCCAGAAACAAACGUAUGCCUUGUGUUUGCUGCUCAUCACGUACCUCUUCCCUCUGUUGGCCAUUUUGAUAUCCUAUAUCAAGAUCUCCUUGAAGCUAAAGAACAGGGUAAUGCCAGGGAGUGUCACUCAGAACCAAGCAGACUGGGACAGAGCAAGGCGGAAGAGGACUUUCUGCCUGUUGGUCAUGGUGGUAGUGGUCUUUGGGGUGUGCUGGCUUCCCCUUCACACUUUUAACUUUAUACGGGAUAUCAACAUCAAUGCUAUUGAUGCCUAUUAUUUCAGCCUGGUCCAAUUGGUUUGCCACUGGUUUGCUAUGAGUUCAGUGUGCUACAACCCCUUUAUAUAUGCCUGGCUUCAUGAUAGCUUUAGAGAAGAGCUUAAAAAAUUACUUAUCUGGCAUAGGAAAGUAAUUCCUUCUGGGCAAAGUGUGACUGUGAGUGUUGUUAUCUGA